ACGUUCAAAAUCAUACAGGCCACCACAAGGACGGGUAUAAAAAGCUCACGUUCUGCAGCCAGCAGGCUGCGCUGGAUGGCCUGAAAAACUUCUGGAUCGACACCUGCUGUAUAGACAAGUCUAACAGCCAGGAGCUUCAAGAAGCGAUCAACUCCAUGUUUCGUUGGUACAGAGACGCCGACCAUUGCUACGUCUACCUCAGCGACGUGGUCAACAAUGGCGGCAAGGACGAAGACAAAGCGUCACAACUUCCAUGGGAGACAGCCUUCAGAAGAAGCCGGUGGCUAACCCGCGGCUGGACGCUCCAGGAGCUGAUCGCCCCACGGUCGGUCAAAUUCUUCUCAGCAGAAGGAUACGUACUUGGCAACAAAACAACGUUAGAGGCACUGCUCCACGAAUGCACAGGGGUCCCUGUCGACGCGCUUCGAGGGAAACCUCUGGCUGACUUCAGCAUCAACGAGCGACUCUCUUGGGUGGGAGGGCGCAAGACGAAGCGUCCCGAAGACCUUGCGUAUUGCAUGCUUGGCAUCUUCGACGCGCAUAUGCCACUCAUCUACAGCGAGGGCGAGGAGAAGGCAUUCCUCAGACUGAGACGAGAGAUUGGUAAUAAGGACACUGUCAGCGAAGCAGCCAAGCAAUGCAUUGCCGACUUGCGCGUGACCGAUCCUCGCCAUGACAAGAGGCGCAUCGAAAACAUGAAGGGCAGCCUACUCAGGGACUCCUACUUAUGGGUGCUCGACAACCCGGACUUUCGCCAGUGGCGCAACAAUGAGAAUCAGCGACUACUCUGGGUCAAAGGCGAUCCGGGCAAGGGCAAGACCAUGCUGCUCUGCGGAGUCAUCGACGAACUCGAGAGGAUGCGCACCGAGGGACAAACUCUAUCCUACUUUCUUUUCCAGGCUACCGACACGCGUAUUAAUACCGCAACAGCUGCAUUGCGCAGCCUGAUCUACAUGAUCCUCGAGAAGCACGUUUCCCUCGGAGUUGUCCUUGUGGUCGACGCUCUGGACGAGUGUUUGCAAGGUCUGCCAGUGUUUCUCGACCUGGUGGCCAGGACCUCGCAAAAUACCACAGCGAAAUGGCUCAUUUCAAGCCGCAAUUGGCCUCAGAUUGAGGAACCAUUAUGCAAAGUGGCGCACAGGCUUUCGCUUGAGGUUAAUGAAACUUCAGUUACAGAAGCCUUUACCACUAUCUGUCGUCGAACGCAGAUGGCACGUUUCUCUGGGUUGCCUUGGUCUAUCAAGAACUCGAAACGACUUACUCCUGGAAUGUGUUACAGAAUGUCAAGUCUUUUCCUCUGGGGCUUGAUGCUCUAUAUCAACGAAUGAUAGAGCAAACACUCGCCUCAGAAGAUACUGAAUCCUGCAAGCAGGUUCUUGCACUCGUAGCAACGACCUAUCGCCCACCGUCGCUGUCUGAGUUGAUGACUCUGGUCGGAGAGUCCUUUCGCAUGAAAACCUAUCGCGAAAUGCUCGAGGGGAUCAUCAGCCUGUGCGGCUCGUUCCUCACAAUUCGUGACGACAAGGUGUACUUUGUCCACCAGUCGGCAAAGGACUUCUUAAUGAAGUCUUAUGCGGUUGUUCUCUUUCCCAACGGACAGCCAUCAGUUCACAGCCAGAUUCUCGAGAACUCAAUCGAGGCUAUGUCUAGCAUACUGAAGCGCGAUAACUACAAUCUACGCGAUCCAGGCUUCCCAAUCGAGAAAGUCAAACCGCCGACGCCUGAUCCACUCUCGACAGUCGGGUACUGCUGCGUCUACUGGGUCAAUCAUUUGGUGGAUGC